UGAUCUCACAGAUAUGUUGGCGAGACAUUGCCUUCCUUAGGACUGGAUUUUGAUUCUAGCAUAUCUUUUAUAGCCUAAACUCUGUUAAAGUGAAGAUAAACACAGUUAGCAUCUUGCCAUUGGAAUUGUGAGCAAUGUAGAAUGAGUUUAGCGCCGUUUUAGCGUGAUACUGUUGGGAAAAGCGGAUACAUCGGCUUCGAUUUUCCACAAAAAAAACUUCGUGUGGUAUCCCUGCGGAUAAGGGACGAGUUGGCCUGGAUUUGCCGCGGUGAAAAUGGCGGACGGAAGUGCGGCAACUGUGCUCGCAGUUUUUGGAGGGGUGUUUUUGCUUCAUCGCUCGCUGUAUUUCCUAAUACAGAUUCUGAAUGGAAUAACGACAUUUCUUCUGCCAUACCUCGGCUUGUCUACGGAUCUGAAACGUUAUGGGUCGUGGGCAGUUGUGACGGGAUGCACAGAUGGGAUUGGCAGAUGUUAUGCUGAAAAGCUGGCAGGUAGAGGGCUUAACAUAGUACUUAUCAGCCGAUCACUGGAAAAGCUAAAGCAAGUUCAACAACACAUUGAAUCUCAGUUUUAUGUGCAGACCAAAAUUAUUGUAAAGGAUUUUGGAGGCAAUGCUGAGUUGUACCAAGACCUGGACGAGCAGCUCAGCAAUCUGGACAUUGGUAUCUUAGUGAACAAUGUUGGUAUGGCCUCUAUGAUAAACCGGUUUGCUGAUUUGAAGAUAGAGGAUUGCUGGAAAAUGCUGAAUGUCAAUGCCCUCUCUGCAGUUAUGAUGACUCAUAUAGUUCUACCAGGCAUGCUAUCACGGCAGCGAGGAGUGGUUGUCAAUGUAUCAUCCCUUGUUGGAAGUGAUCCGAUGCCAUUGAUGUCUGUCUAUUAUGCAACUAAGGCAUUCCUAGAUUUUUUCAGUAGCUGCCUACAUUCCGAAUAUUCUAGUAAAGGAAUAUUUGUUCAGUGUGUGAGGCCUGCAUUUGUGGCCACUAAGAUGACAGGAAUGAGAAACAAGCCUGGUACGGCGCUUACGCCAACAGCUGACCAGUACGUAGAGCAAGCUCUUGGAACUAUCGGAGUGGAACAGAGGACUAGCGGGUUCUGGAGCCAUUCACUUAUGGCUUGGGUCACCUUUAAUAUCAUCCCUGCCUGGGUUAGGAAUAGGAUAUGGUGGAAACUGUGGUCGACGGCGAGGAAGAUGUAUAUAAGGAUGGCCAAGUCAGGCCACCAACAGUAAGACCCAGAGAGUCGGGCGUCGGAUCACCAGAAAACUGCUGAAUAACGAGAGCGCAGAUUCAGACGUGGUCAAGUUUGAAGUCAUGGAAAUGCGCCUCAGACAGCCGUCAUACAACUCAUAUCUGACCAUGGAUCACAGCUAAGAUCGAAAUUGUUUGUUUUGUGGAGGGUGGAAAACCGGAGAAAAACCCUCGGAGCAAAGGCGAGACCAACUAACUCGGUGGUGAGAGGCACAGGCACUACAGAGCGACCGGGAAACCUGUGGUGAGAGGCACAGGCACUACAGAGCGACCGGGAAACCUGUGGUGAGAGGCACAGGCACUACAGAAGGUCGCCAACUGGGUAACCUAGGCUCAAGCCCGUGUUGACAUUUACAGGUCUCCCGUAAUCUUCAUUAAAAUUAUCGUUUUGUAUUAUUUGUUAUUGUUAUCCAAUAUGAGCGAUAUGAAUUAUUUUGUUCCGAUAUUGCACGGUAUUACAAGGUGUUACCUG